ACCACUUAGUUGGGCUGAUGCUGGCGCAACUGGCCAGGCCAGCGGCUGGAGGAGGGAGAGGUCCCUGGGAUUGGAACUCUUUUCAUGCCAGUGCCGACAGGAGGCUGUUUGGACACACUGAUUACUCACCAGCCUCCCCCUUUUGUCUGCCAGCCCAGCUUGACUCCUGGAGAUUGUGAAUAGCUCCAUCCAGCCUGGGAAGCGAGCUGGAAGGCUGAGCCAGGACAAGCCGCCAGUGCCCACCAGGCCCAUGUUGCAGCCAGAGCCCUCCACUGGGCUGGGGGGCCGCUUGCCUGGCCUCCUGCCUAUGCUCCUGGCUCUCCUUGGCAUGGCCUGGGCAGAGGUGAGGCCUCUCCAGCUGCAGGGGGAACAGUCCCCAGUGCCUGGAGCCCUGAGCAGAAAGGAGAGUUUCCUGCUCCUCUCCCUGCACAACCGCCUGCGCAGCCGGGUCCACCCCCCUGCGGCCAACAUGCGGAGAAUGGACUGGAGCGAGAGCCUGGCCCAGUGGGCUCAGGCCAGGGCCACCCUCUGUGGCGCCCCGGCCCAGCGCCCUGUGUCUACCCCGGGGGCCGCCCCCCAAGUGGGCUGGAACGUGCAGCUGCUGCCUGUGGGCUCAGCGUCCUUUGUCCACGUGGUGGGCCUGUGGUUCUCUGAGGGGCAGCAGUACAGCCACGCAGCCGCAGAGUGUGCCCGAAAUGCCACCUGCACCCGCUACACUCAGCUCGUGUGGGCCACCUCGAGCCAGCUGGGCUGUGGACGGCAGCUCUGCUCUGGGGCCCAGACCAAGAUGGAAGCCUUCGUCUGCGCCUACUCUCCCGGAGGCAACUGGGAGGUGAACGGGAAGACAGUCGUCCCCUAUAAGAAGGGGGCCUGGUGUUCGCUCUGCACGGCCCGCGUCUCGGGCUGCUUCAAAGCCUGGGACCACGCAGGGGGCCUCUGUGAAGUCCCCAGGAACCCAUGUCGCAUGAGCUGCCGGAACAAUGGACAUCUCAAUGUCAGCACCUGCCAGUGCCACUGCCCCCCUGGCUACACGGGCAGGUACUGCCAAGUGCGGUGCAGGGUGCAGUGCGUGCACGGCCGGUUCCGGGAGGAGGAGUGCUCCUGCGUCUGCAGCGUCGGCUAUGGGGGAGCCCGGUGUGCCACCAGGGUGCACUUUCCUUUCCACGCCUGUGACCUGAGGAUCGAUGGAGACUGCUUCACGGUAUCUUCGGAGACAGACACCUACUACAGGGCCAAGAUGACCUGCCAGAGGAAAGGCGGGGUGCUAGCCCAGAUUGAGAGCCAGAAAGUGCAGGACAUCCUCGCCUUCUACCUGAGCCGCCUGGAGAGCACUAACGAGGUGACUGACAGAGACUUUGAGACCAGAAACUUCUGGAUCGGGCUCACCUAUAAGACUGCUAAGGACUCCUUCCGCUGGACCACUGGGGAGCACCAGUCCUUCACCAGCUUCGCCUUUGGGCAGCCUGACAACCAGGGGUUUGGCAACUGCGUGGAGCUGCAGGCAUCGUCAGCCUUCAACUGGAACGACCAGCGCUGUAAAACCCGAAACCGUUACAUCUGCCAGUUUGCUCAGGAGCACAUUUCCCGGUGGGACCCGGGGCCCUGAGGCUCAGGCCUGCCUCACCCCUGCCAGCGCCUGGAAGCACAGCCCUGCUUGCCUGUCUGUCCACCUGCCUGGGACAAGGGCCAGGCUGGGGCCACAAGCCCCGUACACCAAGAGUCUCAGACCUUGCAGGAAGUGGGGCAUGGGUACAAAUGAGGCCAAUGGGGAGUCUGGCAUGGGGGAGGGAGCCUAGGGCCCCCUCAGCCUGCUUUUGCUCGGGGUGAUGGGUCUCAACUAGGGCCAGCAGUCAGAAGAGACCACUCUCCUCCAUGUGGGCUGGACCCUCGGUGGCAGAUGGGGGGAUCCUUGCUGCCCGGGAUGCACCCGCAAAAGGAUUAAACUAAGUUAUGAAUC